AUGCCAUCGGCGGUAACUUGCCUCGGUUUCAUCCUUCUGUUCACCAUCAUCUUCAUCAUCACCUCUCUCUUCUUUGCGUUCAUCUAUGUUACGGGUCGGUAUAUCUAUGACAGAUUAUACCCUGAAACCCGCCGGACUGCCAACGAUGACGAAGGCGUAACGAAAAGUCACAAAGGCUUCAUUGACCGCCCGACACUACACGACGGUCUAUCUGAUCGUGGACACCAUACGCUCCAGAAUCAAAGGCAACACUCCUUUCACACUCUGCCUUACAAGGGUAUUCAACAUGUCACAACGCAGGGGAGCGGAGGGACAUUGCUUAACACCCAAAACGCGUCUACUCAGCAUGGAAUUCCUGUUGGGGUUAAGAUUCCCCCCAAUCCUCACGUAGAUCGCAGUGCUCAGUCUCUAAGGGGACCCUGGAUGUCAACGAGUAACAGCACCUUCGACUCUCAUGUCCACGCUACUCCGAAUCCUCAACGCCUAUCACCUGUUCCAGCAGCUGUCGACGAAGCACAAGGAUACAAGGCAUACUCGGUUCUUACUAUCACAAUGCGCUAUUCCAAGAUCCGCAACAAAGACGUCCAUAUCCGAUACUUCACUUCCUCCAGUGCCUCUCGCAUACGCUCACCACCUUCGCAAACCCCGUGUUGGAUCUUUGACCCUGAGGAUUUGUAUCUCCACUGGCAAGGACCAUCUAAUGUCAAAGUGUGGAUCUGGGAGCGCAAUGGCAAUGGCGAGACAGGUGGUGCCUGGCGUCCGAUCCAGGCGGGGUAUUCGCACCCUCGCCUGCCAGAGCAUCAGUUCCAUGUGCUGAAGAGCGCUAGACCGACGUGGAUUAUGAUGUCGACAUGGCAGAAAAGGUAUUGGCCUGGAGAGCGUGCGCAGUUAAUGAAUCGCAAGUCGAGCCGACAUCAGAUUCACACUUCGAGUUGA